CCGAAGGACUAGCUGUUCCUUUCUCGUACGCUGAGAAGCUGUAGAUUUUCCUGGACUCUGGAGACAGUUGCUGCUGGAGAACAGAAAUGGCAUUACAAAUACACCGCAGCCCUGGAAGCAGCCAAGUGGCCCAUCCUCAGGAGCCUCAUCACUCCACUGAGAAACCAGUUAUCCACUGCCAUAAAUGUGGGGAGCCGUGUAAAGGUGAAGUGCUUCGAGUCCAAGCCAAGCAUUUUCACAUCAAAUGUUUUACCUGCAAAGUGUGCGGGUGUGACUUGGCUCAAGGCGGCUUUUUCAUUAAGAAUGGGGAAUACCUCUGUACUGUGGAUUACCAGCGGAUGUACGGGACCCGGUGCAAUGGCUGUGGGGAGUUUGUGGAAGGAGAAGUCGUGACUGCCCUUGGGAAGACUUAUCAUCCCAACUGCUUUGCCUGCACCGUGUGCAAACGUCCUUUCCCUCCAGGGGACCGGGUUACCUUUAAUGGAAGAGACUGUCUCUGUCAGAUGUGUGCUCAGCCAAUGUCAUCCAGUCCAAAAGAACUCUCAAAUUCCAGCAAUUGUGCAGGCUGUGGAAGAGAUAUAAAAAAUGGACAAGCAUUACUCGCCUUGGAUAGACAGUGGCAUUUGGGAUGCUUCAAAUGUAAGGCCUGUGCAAAGGUACUAACUGGAGAAUACAUCAGCAAAGAUGGUGCACCUUACUGUGAAAAGGACUAUCAGGUUCUCUUUGGCGUCAAAUGUGAAGCAUGUCACCAGUUCAUUACUGGGAAAGUCCUAGAGGCAGGUGAUAAGCAUUACCAUCCGACCUGUGCACGAUGCAGCAGAUGCAGCCAGAUGUUCACAGAAGGAGAAGAAAUGUACCUGCAAGGCUCCACAGUUUGGCACCCUGACUGUAAACAGUCCGCUAAGGGAGAAGAAAAGUUGCGGCUCCCAAUUAGGAGGCAUUCCUCAUCUGAUUACCUUUAUACAAAGAGUUUGGUACUUCGCAGACCACGCUAUUCAGAGCUCCAGCCAACAAGAACAUCCUCUGAAAGUAUUUAUUCCAAACCUGGCUCCAGUAUACCUGGUUCACCAGGGCACUCAAUCUAUGCAAAAGUAGACAAUGAGAUCCUUGAUUAUAAGGAUCUAGCAGCCAUUCCUAAAGUCAAGGCCAUUUAUGACAUUGAGCGUCCAGACCUUAUUACUUAUGAGCCCUUCUACACUUCCACCUACGAGGAAAGACAGGAGAGGCAGAGUCUUGGAGAGUCUCCAAGGACACUCUCUCCAACCCCAUCUGCAGAGGGUUAUCAAGAUCUUCGGGACCGGAUGAUCCAUCGGUCCACCAGCCAGGGUUCCAUUGGUUCUCCUGUGUACAGCCGUCAUAGCUACACUCCCACAAUGUCACGUUCACCACAGCAUUUUCACAGACCUGGCAAUGAGCUGUCCAGCGGUCGGAACUCCCCCGCCCCUUAUCGGCCAGACAGCCGCCCUCUAACACCAACUUACGCUCAGGCCCCUAAACAUUUCCAUGUUCCAGAUCAAGGCAUCAAUAUUUAUAGAAAACCACCUAUCUACAAACAACAUGAUGCAGCUGCUUUGGCAGCCCAGAACAAGUCCUCCGAUGAUAUCAUCAAGUCCUCCACGUUCCCAGCAGCCCACGCUCCAGCACCCAACGAGAUUCCAAAGAUUGAGACAGAAUACUGGCCAGGUCCUCCCUCACUUGCGGCUGUAGGUUCUGACAUGCGACGCAGAUCAACUGGCAGAGAUGAAGAUCUUGAGGAACUUCAGAGGCGUCGGCAACUACAGGAGGAACAACUGAUGAAGCUCAAUUCAGGUCUGGGCCAAUUGAUAUUAAAAGAAGAGAUGGAAAAAGAAAGGUUGUCACUUUCCACCAGUCGUUGUGAAUCGUCAGUUAAUUCAGCAUCACAUGCCACUGCCUCUAAAACCUCUUCCCUCCCUGGCUAUGGAAGAAAUGGACUUCAUCGGCCAGUGUCUACAGACUUUGGUCAGUAUAAUAGUUAUGGAGAUGUGAGCAGUGCUGCUCGAGAUUUCCAGUCCCUCCCAGAUGAUCAUGUCCCUGGAAUGCGAAUGGACAGAGGAGUAUCUAUGCCUAACAUGUUGGAACCAAAGAUAUUCCCAUAUGAAAUGCUCAUGGUGACCAACAGAGGGCGAAGUAAAAUUCUAAGAGAAGUGGACAGAACCAGGUUGGAGCGUCACUUAGCACCCGAGGUUUUUCAAGAAAUAUUCGGCAUGACGAUACAAGAGUUUGACAAGUUACCUCUUUGGAGACGGAAUGACAUGAAGAAGAAAGCCAAACUCUUCUGAAUCACUCUGUCCUUUUUUGAGAGAGAAACAAAUCACAUAUAGGAUGAUGUGUUAUACUUACCUUAAAUCCAAACACUUUUUUUGGAGAGUAACCACUCAAGGAGCAAAGAAAAAAAAAGGGAAAAUCUGAGAGAGGCAUCUAUAUACAUCUUGUGAUUCUACGAGGGCCUGUCCACUUUGUCAGAGAGCCGUGGCAUGAAAAUGUCUGUGUUCAAAAUCGCAGCUGCGGUUUUCAUGCAU